CCUCGCUGUGGGUGUACGCCCAGCUCCGAGCACCGCGCUAUUCCCGAUCUUAUGUUACGUGUCCAUGCUCGCCCCCAGCCAGCGGCAGAGCCCUGCCCGGCGUGUGCAGACACACACGGGGAGCUGCCGGCCGCGGGGGCAGGCGAGGCCAAGGGCGCAGAGCGAGGCGAGCAGAGCCGAGGGACAGGGCCGGCCGCGGGCCUGGGGACGGGCCGAGGACAGCCGGGGAGCACUGAGGCACCGGGAGCGGCGCUCGCGGUGUGUGGAGGCUGGCUCUGAGAGCAGAUUCUGUGGGAAUUGCCGGUUGGCUCCGGGCAUCGGAAGAAGGAGAGCCCAGUAUCAUUUUGGCUGAAGUGCUCAGCUUCAAGACUUCACUUUGUUCCUCACAGCUUGGAGGGAUAUGAAGCCAAUUGGAAAAGUGCUUUGUGCUACAGGGGUUGUAGCUGGGCUCAUAGCUUUCUUCUGGGGAGAUGACUUUAACCCAGAGAGCCUGUCUGGUGCCCGUGUUCUUGUGACUGGAGCCAGUGCUGGGAUUGGAGAGCAAAUAGCAUAUCACUAUGCCAGAUUUGGUGCUGAAAUUGUGUUGACUGCCAGAAGGGAAGCUGUGCUGCAGAAGGUGAUGGAGAAAUGCCUGACACUUGGAGCAAAGAAAGUAUUUUAUAUCCCUGCAGAUAUGUCUUCCCCUUCAGAACCUGAAAAGGUGGUUCAGUUUGCUGUCCAAAAGCUGGGGGGCCUGGAUUACCUCGUGUUGAACCACAUCGGCACAAACCGUUUCCAGGAGUGGACUGGAGAUGUGGAAUACACCCGCUGGCUCAUGCAGGUGAAUUUUUUGAGUUAUGUGGCUCUUGCAACAGCAGCUCUUCCCACCCUGGAGAAGAACAGAGGUGCUCUGGUGGUUGUUUCUUCCCUCACAGGGAGAAUGCCCACUCCCUUCACCACUUCUUAUUCUGCCACCAAGUUUGCACUGGAUGGAUUCUUCGGCUCACUGCGCCAUGAGCUCAUCAUGCAGAGGAGAAAUGUAUCUGUCACACUGUGCAUCCUGGGCCUGAUUGAUACUGCUUCAGCACUGGAGUACACCAGGGGCAAAGUGCACCUCAGUGCCUCCCCUGCUCCCGAGGCCGCGCUCGCCAUCGUCCGGGGUGGAGCCGCUCGGGCACACGAGGUUUUCUACCCGCGGUGGCUGCAGCAGCUCUGCUGCCUCUGGGCUCUGUUCCCCAGCAGCGGGAACCAGGUGCUGCGGACUUUCUACAACUACAGCAGUCCCUAAGGGAUGCACAGUCUCAUCCUACAUCCCUUCUAAUCAUGUUCCUGCCAUCCCACUCAACCAGUGGUGUCAAACAGGAGUCCCCUUUUCCUAACAUGACCUGUGGUCUCUCAUCUGCUUCAGCCAUGGUUCUGCUGCUGCUACCCAUCAGUCAGAGAUCUUUCCCACUGUUCACUCUGCCUUAGCCCUCCUCCUUCAGCCUCACCUGUCUGCUUUGACUGCAGCCAGCCUUUUCUCAGCCCCAGAUUCAACCCCUGUCCAUCUGCACAGGAUGUCCUGGAAUGUCUCUCCUCCUGGGACGUCCUCCUCCACCACUUCAUUUUGGAUUCCAUGAACCCUCUUGCUUCCUCUAAGUAGAAUUUUA